AUGACUGUCAAAUACAAUCUGUAUUCUCCACUGGCUGUGCAGAUGGACAGAGACAUGUCUGUGUCUCUGUGGUGUGAGGAGGUGGAGGACGAACAGAGUCAGGUCCAGAGCCAGACUGAGGCACCAGCCCAGGGCUGCACUAUGGGCUCGUCUCAGCUGCGGGCCGCCUGGGACCCCACUGUGUCUGGACAUCGUGUGAUCCAGAGGCUGCUUCAUGUGGAGGAGAGGUACAUGCCCUCCAUGCUCUACAUCACCCUCAUCCAGCGGGAUCCAGAGCGCAGGGAGGAGCUCGCCAAAUGGGCCCUGGAGGUGUGCUGUGAGUGUGGCUGUGAUGAGGCAGUGUUCCCCCUGUCUGUCUCUCUGAUGGACAGGUUCCUGUCUGCCUCUUUGUCUGUGCCUGUCUCACCAUACUGCCUGGCUGCCGGCUGCAUCCUCAUCGCCUCCAAACUCACAGAGUGCGACAACAUCACCGCUGAUACUCUGUGUGCUGCGGCUGAAUACAGCUUCCAGCCUUCGAACCUGCGGGAGAUGGAGCGUGUCAUCCUCGCCACCCUCCGGUGGGACACAGCAGCAGUGACUCCGCAGGACUUCCUCCCACAUUUUCUUGCUUCCGUGGAGGAGAGAAGAGACGGAGACAGGGGUGACUCUGAGGAGGGGCUGCUCCCCACCCUCAGGCGGCACAGCGACACGCUGGCCGCCAUGUGUGCGUGUGACUCCCGCUUCCUGGGUGCACCUCCGUCACUUGUUGCUGCGGCAUCACUGAACUGUGCUCUGCGGGGCCUGAGCAACAAGGGCCCCGCUCAGCUGGCUGUGAUGAGUGAGGCACUGGCGGAGCUCUGCCAGGCUGACACGGUUGUGCUGCAGUGCUACAGUGACAUGAUCGAAUACGCCCUCAGACAGCGGCUCAGGAGCGGGCUGCAGCAGGGCCCCACGGAGAAGGAUGAAGAGGUGGAGCAUGAAAGACCCGGGACACCUACUGACAUGAGAGAGAUUGAUUUCUGA